AUGAAUUCGGGCUUCUGGAACGUGCCUAUCGAGAAGGGGUGUAAGCACCUCACGGCGUUCAUAACUCCGAUAGGCCUGUUCGAAUUCAAUGUCGUACCCUUCGGGAUCAAGAACUCGCCCGCCGGGUUCCAGCGAGCAAUGGACACCUGCUUCGCCCCCAUGCUGAGUGACGACGUCUUCUGCUACAUUGACGACGUCACCAUAUGCGGAAAUGACCCAAGGGAGAUCCUAGAGCAGCUGAGGACCUUCCUGGGCCUGUGCAGGGGCACCGGGUUCUACCUGCGGUUGGACAAGAGUGAAUGGUUCAAGCCCGAAGUAGCAUACCUAGGUCACUGGGUGGGUAGCGACGGAAUACGAGUACAGGCGAAGAAGGUGGGGUGGAUGCCAUUCGGAAGCCCCCGCCCCGAGGUCAAGGAAAGAGCUGCAGUCAUUCCUGGGCCUGGCGGGGUACCUCCGUAA